UAGUUUCUAAGAGAUGUAUUAGAACUCUAAAAAAAGUCAAUCUUGCAUUCCUUGUCGGACAAAAAAUGAGGAAGAGAAUGUUGCAGGAUGACUUUUUCGGAGUGCUAAUAACAAUCCCGGGUUUAUUUCUUCUCUUUAUAAACACUUCUACACUGAAUCUUACUAUGGUUAGUAGUAUAAUUGAGUGAGAAUCUCAGUGCACUAAUCAACUAUUUCCUGAAGCAUAUGUAUUAUGUAGACUCAGCUACUCUGGAUGGUCUCGUUGUAAUUGGCAACACUCUUUUGAGCAUCUUCUUUGAGCUUUCCAGUUGAGAUGGGCAUCAAUGGAGGUUUGGUCAGGAGUGUUUUCUCGAGACACCGAUCUUUCGGGACGUACGAGAGCAACGUGAGGAGCAAUGUGACAGAGAGGAGAAGAUGGAGCUCGGUUAGAUGGUACCUAUGUGGGGAUGAAUAUAAUUCCGUCAUGGCGGAGAAUGAUUCGGCUUCAGUUAAGAGCUCCGUGGCUACUACCGCCACGCAGUUUAAUUCAGUUUUAGCCGUUGCAGACGAGGAGUCUAGUUCAGUUGGGAGCUCCGAGGCAACUGUCACGCAGCCGAUGCCAGAAGACUUGAGUGACAAGGGAAACAUCGGAAGAGAAGCAACUAAGGAAGAUGUGGAAGUGGCAAAGGCUGGGUCUGCGGUCUCCAAAACAAUGUCCGAAGAGCAUGCAGCAACCAUCAUCCAGUCAGCAUUUAGAGGCUUUCGGACGAGGUGUCGAAAUGGAGGAGCUAAAUCAAAGGAUGGAGAGCAGGAAAGUCCAAGUAGGGGAUCUCUGGGCACGUCGGUUGAAGUUCAAACAGGAAAUUCUGUGGAAGUUUACUCGAUUCAAGGAGAAAAUUCGGCUGCUCACCACCGGGCACAACAGAAAGCUCAGGCGCUAAAACUGAAGGAAGAUUGGGAUGACAGCACGGUGAGUAGUAACAUAUCAAAAAUAAGAAUGCAGAACAGACUGGAAGCAACAAGAAGGCGUCAGAGAGCACUGGCUUACGCCUUUUCACAGCAGCUAAGGAUCUGCUCAAAGAAAAGGCACACCACAUCUGAUGGCACAGAACAGAACAUGGGUUGGAGCUGGCUAGAACGGUGGAUGGCAACCCGCCCUACUGAAAUCUCCUCCGCGGAAAGUCAUAUAAGCGACCAGGUUGAACAAAUUCACAGCAGCAACCAAAGAUUUGUCAUCGGAAAGAGACUGUUCGACGGGGCAGGUGAAGAAAAAGAGAGCUGCGGAUCUAAUGAAGUCGGUGUCCUAUUUGAUAACUUUCCGGUAACACCAUUAGAGAGAGAUGGCUUCAGUCCAACUAAAAACAGGUUCAAGACUACAAGAAGCCUAUCGAGGCAAAAAUCAAUGCCAAGCUAUGUGUGCGGGAAAGAGUAUCCCAAGGUAAGCAAGAAGGAUUGUUCACGGGAAGCCGAUAAAGAUGAAGAGCGCAACAGAAAGCGAACAGAGAGAAGCAAGUGCAGAAACUCUUCGUUCUAAGGAACAUAAUUCCCAACUAGGAUCUCUGUUAAGUAAAUAAGAUUCUUGUUACUAUUUACCAUGCACUUUGUAUGAGGAUUCUAAUGGACUUGACCCUUAAUGUAAUCUGAUGCUUGAUA